ACCAAUUAACAGCGUGGCCAACCCUCAAUAUAAGAUCUUCAAACCUCUCCGCAUUUCUAGUUCAAGUUGAGUUGCCUUGACAUUGCCUUCCAUACUUUCAAAAUGAACAAAUACUUCGUUUUCAUUGCCAUCGCCUUCUUGGCCAUCCAGGCUGUUGAGUCCAGACCAAGAGCUUCCCAACAACAACGUCCAGCUGUCCAAAAUGUAGAAGAAGGCGAUGUCACCAAGAAAGCUCAAGAUUUAAUUAAAAAAGCCGACGAAGUCCUUACCGGAAACCUUCCUAGUACACAACAAAUCAUUAACAAUGUAGAAGAAACCGGCAAAAAAUUGGUCAGCAACAUCAAAGAUUUCAACGACUACCUCAAGACCCAACUUACUGCAAACAGAGGUGAUAUCGACAAAGUAUUGAAACAAGUAUCUGACAACUUACACUCUGCCAGUGAAAAAAUCCAAAAAGAUGUUUUGGGACCAGAAGGACAAAAGAAGGCUACUGAAAUCAGAGAAAACUUACAUGCACAAAUAAAAUCCGCUGCCGCUCAAGUUGAAAAGCUCACUGCUGCUGUUAAACCCGAAGCAGAAAAAUUGAAGAACGACUUGUUGGCUGCUGCUAACCUCUUUUUGGAAAAAGCUGGCAAAGUUACCGAUGACUUGAAAAAAGUAGUCGCUGAACACAAAGCCUAAGUGAUCUAGUAUUUUAUAUUUAUGAUGUUUUAAAUUUAUAUGUAAUAU